GGCUUGGGAAACGCUUCCGAAAAUUGGAUUUAGACAACUCGGGUGCCUUGAGUGUAGAGGAGUUCAUGUCGUUGCCAGAGCUGCAACAGAAUCCGCUGGUGCAACGCGUGAUUGACAUAUUUGACGCAGAUGGCAACGGCGAGGUUGACUUUAAAGGGUUGCCUCCAGGUCAUCCAAGGCAAUUCCAUCAAUAUCCGCCAUUUUCAUCAAUAUCCGCCUUCACAGCUGCCAAAAUGGCGACCAAUGUGGCGGCUGUGAUGGCAGCUAUUGAUGAAAAUUGCGGAAUGGGAUUGGAUGACCUGGAGGCAACCCUUAGAAAGAAUGCCGAAUUGAUUUCAGAAAUUCUGAGAGAAAGCAGGGCUACAACAAAAAAGGGUGCCUCAUCUUCUGAGUGGAGAGCAAAACUCUGCCAGGAGUUCAUCCAAGGAGUUUCGCAGUUCAGUGUGAAAGGAGACAAGGAGUCGAAGCUGAGAUUUGCCUUUCGAAUUUAUGACAUGGACAAUGACGGUUUCAUAUCAAAUGGUGAAUUGUAUCGAGUGUUGAAAAUGAUGGUCGGCAACAACCUCAAGGAUGCGCAAUUGCAGCAAAUUGUUGACAAGACGAUCUUGUUCCAUGACAAGGACGAAGACGGGAAAAUAUCAUUUGAAGAAUUCUGUUCUAUUGUGGGAAAUACGGACGUGCACAAGAAAAUGGUGGUAGACGUGUGAAACCUUAGCGGGCGGAAACUUACCUGAGCCAUAUUACUUGGUGUGCACCUGUUGCUGGUAGCUGGUUGGAAGGUUUUACUUACCCCCUCACUGGGAUUGUCCUGGAUACCGUGGAUGAAGAAUUUUGCAUGCGUGAUUUUGCUUUUUCCUUUCGGUUUUUUGCAUAUGCCAAGUUUGCAAAAACAAAAAAAUUUUGAGGGUUAUUAUUAUCAACAUCACUAUGCGGAUCCUGCCAAAUUGCAGCGUCACUUUUCAGAAUUUUUACUGUUUACGCAUACGUGUCAAUUCGAUUGCCAUAUUCUUUCGUGCAUAUGAUGCUGUUUUUUCUUGCUCUUGCGGAAAAUGAUACGGAAACGGGAAACGUUUGCAAAAAAAAAAAGGAAAGAAAAAGUGUUGUGUGACAUUGCUCUGGAAGGGGUUGUUGUUUUGCCAAACUUUUUUUCAGUUAUCCAUUCAUUUGUGUAUAAUGAUAAAAGAAAAUGUACACGAGUUACUGACUUAAAAGCUUGGCUCAAGGUCAACGCCUGUGUUCAGAGAUCACAUCAAUUAUGCUUGCUUGCGAGACUUGUUGAUACUCAUCAAGCUGAUCACGAUAUUAAUUGGGACACUGGUAGAAAUUACGACUUACAGAUAGUUAGUUUUCAGUGCAAAAAGAACUCAAAGCUUCAUUCGGGAUGACGUUUGCAAUGAGCUUUUUUUGUAUACAUGGAAUGUUUUUUGCUACUUAUAUAAAAAAAGGUGUGUAAAUUUGAAUAACGGUAAGGCUUAGAGAAAAAAUCGGGGUAAUCGCUAACGGAUCAGGUUAAGAAGACGUAGAGCUUGUAGUCCCUUUUUUCUCAUACAAAUCUGUUCUAGUCAUUUUCUAGUUUGAAAACAAUUUACCUGGUGCCGCAUAUUUGAGCAGAGUGCAUUGCGUUUUUUUGUCACUUGGAAGUGUUGCGUGAGCCCUGUCCUGGUUCCUCACUUUUGAGAUGGGGAUACUGCCUACCAUUGGUUGGUGAUGUCUAAUCAUUCUAUUUUUGUAUUCCGUUUACCAUGGAUAUGUGAUUCUGGAAAAUUGCCGAUUCUGUUCUCUCUAAAUGUCUCGUCUCGUCUGGACUCUGCGCUGUGUCAUUCAGUUUUCACCCAUGACUUCAGAACCCGCUGCAGGGGAAAAUUCAUUCAUGGCUCUACGAUCUCAUAUCCAGGAACAGUUGUACACCUGCAGAAAUCUGGGCAAAAAUGUUUCCUUUUUGCUUCCAUGUGAAUUGAUCAUUUGCGAGCCACUCAAUAAACAUUUUGCUAAUCCCGGA